UGGUCGGCCCUGCGCGGGAGGAAGUGGGGAAGGCGCAGUUGCGCGCCUCGAGGAAGCUGCCUUCUAAGCCAGGAGGGCGUGGGGAAGCUGUGGCGACCCUGAUGCUGCGCUCGCUGUACCCGCUGCUCUGCCUGUACGUGCUGCAUGUGCCGGGGCGGCCCCCGCAGGGCGCGAACAGAGGCGAGGUAGUUGCUGGUGCCGCUGCCCACGAAGUUGACGCCGCCUUGUACAGGGAGCGGGUCCGAGCCAUGUUCUAUCACGCCUACGACAACUACCUGGCGCACGCCUUCCCCUACGACGAGCUCCGGCCGCUGACUUGCGACGGGCAGGACACGUGGGGCAGUUUCUCUCUCACGCUGAUUGAUGCCUUGGACACACUACUUAUUUUGGGAAAUGUCUCAGAGUUCCAGAGGGUCGUCGACGUGUUGCAAGAGGGGGUGGAUUUUGAUAUUGAUGUAAAUGCAUCUGUCUUUGAAACCAAUAUCCGAGUGGUAGGCGGCCUCCUUUCUGCUCACUUGCUGUCUAAGAAGGCUGGUACUGAAGUGGAACCAGGGUGGCCAUGCUCAGGUCCUCUCUUGAGAAUGGCAGAGGAAGCAGCUCGCAAACUUUUACCUGCUUUUCAGACCCCAACUGGGAUGCCAUUUGGGACAGUGAAUUUGUUGCACGGAGUAAACCCUGGAGAGACCCCAGUUACCUGUACUGCUGGCAUUGGGACAUUUAUAGUGGAAUUUGCCACAUUAAGCCAUCUUACAGGUGAUCCGGUGUUCGAGGAUGCAGCCAGGAAAGCUCUUAAGGCCCUGUGGAAAAAUCGCUCUGAUAUUGGACUAGUGGGUAAUCACAUAGAUGUGGUCACUGCCAAAUGGGUAGCCCAAGAUGCUGGGAUCGGUGCUGGGGUAGAUUCCUAUUUUGAAUACCUUGUUAAAGGAGCCAUUCUCCUGCAGGAUGAGGAACUGAUGUCCAUGUUCCUAGAAUAUAACAAAGCCAUUAAGAACUACACAAAAUUUGAUGACUGGUACCUGUGGGUUCAGAUGUACAAAGGGACAGUGACUAUGCCCAUCUUUCAGUCCCUGGAGGCUUACUGGCCAGGCUUACAGAGCCUUAUAGGGGACAUUGAUAAUGCCAUGCGGACUUUCCUCAAUUAUUAUACAGUGUGGAAGCAGUUUGGUGGACUUCCUGAGUUCUACAACAUUCCUCAGGGUUAUACCGUGGAAAAGCGAGAGGGAUACCCACUUAGACCUGAGCUGAUUGAGAGUGCAAUGUAUCUGUACCGUGCUACACAAGAUCCUACCCUUCUGGAACUGGGAAGAGAUGCUGUGGAAUCCAUAGAGAGAAUCAGCAAGGUGGAGUGUGGAUUUGCAACAAUCAAAGAUCUGAGGGAUCAUAGACUAGAUAAUCGUAUGGAAUCCUUCUUCUUAGCUGAAACUGUGAAAUACUUGUAUCUACUGUUUGACGCAGACAACUUCAUGCACAACGAUGGAUCUACCUUUAAUAUAGUACUGACACCUUAUGGGGAGUGCGUCCUUGAUGCAGGUGGAUAUAUCUUCAAUACUGAAGCUCACCCCAUAGACCCUGCUGCCCUGCACUGUUGUAAGAAACAGAAGGAAGAGCGUUGGGAAAUAGAAGACUUGAUGAGGGAAUUUUACUCUCUAAAGAGAAACAAAAAAUUAACGUUAAAAAGAACCACAGACAAAAGUGAAGGGGAAAGCCAGAAACCCUCUGUGGAUACUUCCUCAGAGGAUGGUCGGAUAAAAACAAACUUGAAGAACAAUACAAAAAGGAAAAUAUCUCCCUUGAGUUGUCCCAAUCAGCCCUUUAACUCCAAACUUGAAGUAAUGGGACAGGUCUUUUUAGACAACACAUAACUCAGUUUUCAUUGUGAAUUCAAAUAUUUGUACAUAAUAAAUCUGUUUUGGACUCUA